CACCCCCGCGCGGCGGCGGCUCGCAGCUCCGUCCCAGCCCGCGCGCUCCUCACAAGCCCAGCCCGGGCGAGCGGCAGCCACCUGCCCGGCGCCGCCUCAGCGCGCCCCGCCGCGGCCCAACUUGGAUGGAGUUGGGGUCCUGAGCGCACACCCUGCCGCCUUCAGCCCGGAGCCCCGCGCCGCCGCCUGCCUUCGGUCCGAAAUCCCCUCUCCGCUCCUCUCCGCUCCCGCGAUGGGAAAAGUUGGCGCCGGCGGCGGCUUCCUGGUCAGGCUGAGCGCGCUCCUGGCGGGCACGGGGCUUCUGGUGCUCUUAGCCCCCGGCGUCCUCAGCAGCCGCUCCUGCUGCUCCUCGCAGCACCCCGGCUCGACCCCACGCUGGACCCUGACCCCCAAAGGUUUUCCUCACCCGGGACCGCUGGGUCGGGCUCCUGCCACGCCCCCGCCCCUCCUCAUGAGACCCCUGUUCGCAGUGGCCCCCGGGGACCGGGCGCUGUCUCUGGAGAGAUCUGGGGGCAGCAGGGUGUCAAUGACGACCGCUGCACGCUCUGGCCGAAGGAGACGGAGUGGAGCGGAUCCUGUGAAGACUGAACCGGGAGAGGGUGCGAGUCGGAGCCGCCGGGGCAUGCUAAGGGAUGGAGGGCAGCAGGGGCCUGGGACUGGCGCGCGGGACCCGGACAAAGCCACCCGCUUCCGGAUGGAGGAGCUGAGACUGACCAGCACCACGUUUGCGCUGACUGGAGACUCGGCACACAACCAGGCUAUGGUCCACUGGUCUGGCCACAACAGCAGCGUGAUUCUCAUUUUGACAAAGUUGUAUGACUAUAACCUUGGGAGCAUCACCGAGAGCUCACUUUGGAGGUCAACCGAUUAUGGGACAACCUAUGAAAAGCUGAAUGAUAAAGUGGGCUUGAAGACAAUUCUGAGCUAUCUCUAUGUGUGUCCGACAAACAAGCGUAAGAUUAUGUUACUCACGGACCCGGAGAUUGAGAGCAGUUUAUUGAUCAGCUCAGAUGAAGGGGCAACCUAUCAAAAAUACCGGCUGAACUUUUACAUCCAGAGUUUGCUCUUCCAUCCGAAGCAGGAAGACUGGAUCCUGGCAUACAGUCAAGACCAAAAGUUGUACAGCUCUGCUGAAUUUGGCAGAAGAUGGCAGCUUAUCCAGGAAUCCGUGGUUCCAAAUAGGUUCUACUGGUCUGUGAUGGGGUCGAGCAAAGAUCCAGACCUUGUGCAUCUUGAGGCCAGGACCAUAGAUGGACACUCGCAAUACCUAACUUGUCGGAUGCAAAACUGCACAGAAACCAACAGAAAUAAGCCUUUCCCAGGCUACAUUGACCCCGACUCUUUGAUUGUUCAGGAUGAUUAUGUGUUUGUUCAGCUGACAUCCGGAGGAAGACCUCAUUACUACGUGUCCUACCGAAGAAGCACGUUUGCACAAAUGAAGCUCCCGAAAUACGCUUUGCCUAAGGACAUGCAUGUCAUCAGCACAGAUGAGAACCAAGUGUUUGCAGCCGUCCAAGAAUGGAACCAAAAUGACACGUACAACCUCUACAUCUCGGACACCCGUGGUGUGUACUUUACCCUGGCCUUGGAGAAUGUCCAGAGUAGCAGAGGACCUGAAGGCAACGUCAUGAUUGACCUCUAUGAGGUAGCAGGGAUAAAGGGAAUGUUCUUGGCUAACAAGAAGAUUGACAACCAAGUGAAGACUUUCAUCACUUACAACAAAGGCAGAGACUGGCGUUUGCUGCAGGCUCCAGAUGCAGAUCUAAGAGGGGACCCUGUGCACUGUUUACUGCCUUAUUGCUCACUACACCUUCAUCUCAAGGUCUCUGAGAAUCCCUACACCUCUGGGAUCAUUGCCAGCAGGGACACAGCCCCAAGUAUUAUAGUCGCUUCAGGUAAUAUAGGUUCUGAACUGUCAGACAGCGACAUCAGCAUGUUUGUCUCUUCAGACGCAGGGAACACUUGGAGGCAGAUCUUUGAAGAAGAGCACAGUAUUUUGUACUUAGAUCAAGGUGGAGUCCUGGUUGCUAUGAAACACACAUCUCUCCCAAUUCGUCACCUUUGGUUGAGUUUUGAUGAAGGGCGAUCUUGGAGUAAAUACAGUUUCACAUCCAUUCCACUUUUUGUGGAUGGAGUUCUGGGGGAGCCUGGAGAAGAGACACUAAUCAUGACAGUGUUUGGACAUUUCAGCCACCGCUCCGAAUGGCAGCUUGUCAAAGUGGAUUAUAAGUCCAUUUUUGAUAGACGCUGUGCUGAAGAAGACUACAGACCUUGGCAGUUGCACAGUCAGGGUGAAGCAUGCAUCAUGGGAGCCAAAAGGAUAUAUAAGAAGCGAAAAUCUGAGCGGAAGUGUAUGCAGGGAAAAUAUGCAGGAGCAAUGGAGUCUGAGCCUUGUGUUUGUACAGAGGCAGAUUUUGACUGUGACUAUGGCUAUGAGAGACAUAGUAAUGGGCAAUGCCUGCCAGCUUUUUGGUUCAACCCCUCCUCACUGUCAAAAGACUGCAGCGUGGGACAGAGCUACCUCAACAGCACGGGGUAUAGAAAAGUGGUCUCCAAUAACUGCACGGAUGGCGUAAGAGAGCAGUAUACUGCCAAACCACAGAAGUGCCCAGGGAAGGCCCCUCGAGGGCUCCGGAUCGUCACUGCAGAUGGAAAACUGACAGCAGAACAAGGACACAAUGUCACGCUCAUGGUACAGUUAGAAGAGGGUGAUGUGCAGCGGACACUCAUCCAGGUGGACUUUGGAGAUGGCAUUGCAGUGUCUUAUGUCAACCUCAGCUCCAUGGAAGAUGGAAUCAAGCAUGUCUAUCAGAAUGUGGGCAUUUUCAGAGUGACCGUGCAGGUGGACAACAGUCUGGGGUCUGACAGCGCCGUCCUGUACUUACAUGUAACUUGUCCCCUGGAGCAUGUGCACCUGUCACUCCCUUUCGUCACAACGAAGAACAAAGAGGUCAAUGCCACUGCAGUGCUCUGGCCCAGCCAAGUGGGCACUCUCACGUACGUGUGGUGGUACGGAAACAACACAGAGCCCUUAAUAACCUUGGAGGGAAGCAUAUCAUUCAAGUUUACUUCUGAAGGAAUGAAUACCAUCACAGUGCAGGUUUCAGCUGGGAAUGCCAUCCUGCAAGACACGAAGACUAUCGCAGUCUACGAGGAAUUCCGGUCUCUUCGCUUGGCCUUUUCUCCAAACUUGGAUGACUACAACCCUGACAUCCCCGAGUGGAGGAGGGACAUCAGCCGAGUCAUCAAAAAGUCUCUGGUGGAAGCCACAGGGAUUCCCAGCCAGCAUAUCCUGGUGGCGGUGUUACCUGGCUUACCCACUGCUGCUGAACUCUUUGUUUUGCCCUACCAAGAUGCAAACAGAGAAAACAAAAGGUCAACAGAGGACCUGGAGCAGAUAUCUGAAAUUCUAAUCCACAAACUCAACCAAAACUUGGUGCACUUCGAGCUGAAGCCUGGGGUCCAAGUUCUCGUCCACGCAGCCCACCUAACAGCAGCUCCCCUGGUGGACCUCACUCCAACCCACAGUGGAUCUGCCAUGCUGAUGUUGCUGUCAGUCGUGUUUGUGGGUCUGGCUGUAUUCGUCAUCUACAAGUUUAAAAGGAGAGUAGCUUUACCCUCCCCUCCUUCCCCUUCUUCUCAACCUGGUGACUCAUCUCUCCGAUUGCAAAGAUCAAGACAAGCCACUCCACCUUCAUCGCCAAAGCGGGGAUCUGCUGGGGCACAAUUUGCAAUCUAAGGAAAACCCCCAAAGACUACAGGAGACCUGCUGAUCAGAAAGAAUUGCGCUCUUGUCAAGUACAUCACCCUUCCUGACCACUAACUUUAUGUUUUUUUUUCUUCUUCUGUUGUUGUUUCCUAUUUUGCCAGGAAGUAUUUCCAUAGUUGCUGAGAAUCAAAGCACAAAAGAAAUCCCUACCUAUGUAAAUGUUUGAAUGGAGGACGCCAGUAAAACAAACAAAAAUAAAAUAAAAACAAUCAAAAUCUAAACUAACAAAUAAACACUCACUGCAUCGGAACUUUUAAAUCCUUCAGACACAGACAACAAGGGUUUUUAGCUUUAAGCCUGUGCAUGUGGACAAUACCUUGAGAACACGUUCGGAGGGGGGGUCUACAGGUGCUCUAUUUUAAUGGAAAACACUCCCCUCCCCUUCUCUUCUCUUUUUCUGAUGGGUCGUGUUUGUAGAAAAUUCAUAACAUAUAUAGGCCAAGGAAAUCUGCAUGUAUUUUUGGAAAUAUUCUUGGCUCUAGAUUUCACAGCUAUUUUAGCCCUACAGGCUGAUGGUGGAUUAGCUAUCUCCAGCCUUUUCACAACACACAAAGAUGCGCACAGGAGUUUGAAACCCUGAGCUGCUUCUCUGUUUUACUUGUUGGUAUUUUUCCUUUCUAAGUUAGUGUUAGAGGCUCUGUUGGUCAACGGUGACCUCAGGCUGAUUUCUCUCCAUUCUCUGUGGCCGCAGGAACAAAGAUCCUUCAUAAAGAUCCAUAUCCAUAUAGGCAGGUUCAAUAGGAACAGAAGGGAGGCUGGGAAGCAGAGCAUAUCAGAAAUGGACUUCUGUUUCCUGCUCAGCUUUUCUCCUUGCCCCAAGUAAUGUAAAAAAAAAAAAAAAAAAAGGCAAAAAAAAAGUGGGAAAUUUUUUCCAGUACAUACUUGUUAUUCUGUUUGUUUGCUGUGUGUGGACAUGUCUCUCUUGAUGUCUCUCAAUUUUUUCCUUUUUAUCCCCCAUUAUCUUUCGACGGCUCUCAUGUUUUCUCUUCAAAUGUGUUGCUAGAUUUUGGACAUUAAACCUGUUAAUUCCAAACACUGGCCUAGCCGAUGCCAACCCUGGCGCCUUCUCUCACAGGUCUUCACCCUAUCAAUCUGCUACACUCCCACGCAUGCCAGCUUCCCUCACUCUGGCCAGGCUGCUGCAACCUGUCCAGCUGGCUUCAGUUACAUUUCCCCUUUUUCUCUUCCUCUAGAAUCUUCUUUUGCCAAAUACCUCUGUCUUUCCCACCUGUGUGUGAAAGAGUUGAUACACGCAAAGCAACCCAAAUCUGCCCAUAUACUUUGGAAAGUAAAACAUAUGAACAGUGAUGGUUUUCUGUGCAUUAACAAAAAUCUUAUGUGGUCUGAAUCUAGAAGAUUCUCAUGAGAAAUGUUUUGAAUGUGUGACUAUAUUGCAGGGUACUAUGUUCUAUGAUAGUUGCUGUUAUCUGAUAUUUCCUCUCUAGAAUAACCAUGUUUAUAAAAUAAAGCUGAUUUUUUAACCAGAAGGAGAAGUAGGUUAAUGGACUUACUACAUGAAAAUAUUGAAAAAAAAAAACGAUAAAAAAAAAUCAACCAGUCUUCUCUUUUGUCUGGAUGAAGCUUUGACAGUUUAAGAUGAUCUCACUAAUUUCAUGUGUGCAAUUUUGAUCUUCAACUGCCAUGGUAUUUAUAAGGAAAAAAUAAGUCAAUAUAAAAGAGGAAUAUCUGCUGACAGAAAAGUAAGGUUCACAAACCUCAGGGCCUUAAAAAAAAGGAAAAAAAUCAGUUUCCUAAGAGAAAUCACGAAAGAAGACUCCCAGAGAGGAGCAGAGCGUGUGCCCCAAGGAGGUUCUUUCAUAUGACUGAAGCCUCCUUAUUUCUCUGCAUUAGACAGAGACUGCUCUUAAGUAAGGAUGAAAGACAUUGUAGUAAACCACUUUUAGAACCCAGCCACUUUCUUGGCUGUGUCCCAAAGCCAACAACAGAGGACUGGCAAGGACCCUGGUGUAUCCCAGUAUCAGUAUGAUUUCUACCCUUGUGUGACCGGUUCAAUGAUCACAUGACCCCUGCACAUGUAUGGCCGAGGAAAGGAGAGAGUAGAAAAACUGUUGUCAGAGGUGAUUCAAGAAGAAAGCUUUAUGGUAGAAGAUGUCCGUGUGAUUGGGGCAGUAAAUUAUGCCCUCAACCUGCCAGGUUUCCUAUCUCAUAGGAAAAGUCUUCAUUGAUUCUCUUCAAUUGGAGUCUUCCAUAUUUAGUCUGGAAGAUAAAGUAUUUGAAAACCAAAUCACAUUCAUUCAAACCAGCACAGGGAAUCCUCGGAGUUGCAGUUCAAAUUACUCUAACUAGAAAAUUAUUAUUGAAAAAUGGAGACCACUCUUGAUUUAGUACAGUGCCUUGCCUAGAAUAGUAUUGUGAAACAUAUUUCCUGCUGAAAUGAAGGUGAGUGAAUGAAGAGGCACAAGGAAGAAGAGGCUGCCAAUUUUCAUCUAAAAUAGAGACGGGCAUGAGAUACACGGCAUCCUGGAAAGUGACCGAAGUGGCCAGUGAUAGAUGCAGCCUCUCCAGUGUCCUUGUGUGCCUCUCUUCAAAGUUCCCUCCCUCCUGUAGGUAGCUGGUGAGGCAAGGAGACCUCAUAGUUCCUGUAACCUGGCCUCGUGGUUCUCAAAGUGUAAGGCUUAGGAUGACAGCAUCACUGUCGCCUAUACUUGUUUGAAAUGCGGAUUCAAACCAGGCUAAAACACACUCUGCUAUGUUGGAAAUUCUAACGAAUCGAUAGUGUCGUUUUCUACUUAUGGGUCAGGUGCCCCCAACAAUCUGUUUCAACAAGCCAUUCAGGUGAUUAUGAUACACACUCAAGUUUGAGAACCUCCAUACCAGGUCUUGCUGUAAAAUCCCAAGGAAAAAGUAACAUUGAGAACCUACAGGUGGGAGGGACCCAAGUGCCUAUCUCUCACUAAUAGCAGCUGCAAGGGCAGUGAGGAGUCUGGUGAACUCAAGGCCAAAGGAGUGUGGAAGGAAUGCUUAGAAAGUAAGAUUCCAGGCAAGCUAAACAAGGAUGCUGCAACGUUGCUUAAAAGCCCAGAGGGCAAACUGUGCACGCUGUACCCUGAACUACCCACCAACAUUUCCCCUUUGCCUUAUUCCUGAUUGGAUUCACUGUCCAAAUUGCAGAGGUUUGCUUUGAUUUUCUUUUCCAGAAGUUCCAAACAGCAACAUUGAAAGCAAUGAAGUGCUUGGCAGCUGUUCUGUGUUUCCCAGGAUUCCAACUAAGCACUGAAACCCCUCAUUUGCCAACUUAUUUUUAUAGGAAGCCAAUUUAAAAAUGAAAUGAAAGUUUUCUUAUAGUAUUGGAACUACUUCUAAUUUUAAAUGACUUUUUGAUGUAUUUUUUGUUAAAUACUAUGUAGUGUAAUGUAUAAUUGCUCUUGUUUAUUGCUU